CAGGCCUUUCCAGCUCUCCCCCGCGCUAUAUAUAAGCAAUCGCCCCCUCCCCUCACUCUACCACCAUAGUUAUUAGCUCGGACACCAACUCCCUCUCUGCUUCCCCUUCUCCGAGCACUCCAUCUCUCGCUCGACGAGCAAGAAGCAGCUCGACCAGAGGCAGAUCACUACAGCAUUUCAUCCAUGGCUCCAGUAGAAGCUUCAUCAGAUUCUAUCAAGCCCAGAGAUGUUUGCAUUGUUGGAGUUGCACGUACGCCGAUGGGUGGAUUUCUCGGGACUCUUUCAUCCCUGCCAGCAACCAAGCUUGGCUCGAUUGCUAUUGAAGCUGCUCUGAAAAGGGCAAACGUUGAUCCAUCGCUAGUUCAAGAAGUUUUCUUCGGCAACGUUCUCAGUGCAAACUUGGGGCAGGCUCCUGCUAGACAAGCUGCCCUAGGUGCUGGGAUUCCUAAUUCAGUGAUCGCUACCACUGUCAACAAAGUUUGUGCGUCAGGAAUGAAAGCGACAAUGCUUGCCGCCCAAAGCAUUCAGCUGGGCAUCAAUGAUGUUGUUGUGGCUGGUGGCAUGGAAAGCAUGUCUAACGUGCCUAAAUAUCUCGCCGAAGCAAGGAAGGGAUCUCGACUUGGGCAUGAUUCUCUAGUUGAUGGCAUGUUGAAGGAUGGUUUAUGGGACGUUUACAAUGAUUAUGGCAUGGGAGUGUGCGCUGAAUUAUGUGCGGAGCAGCAUUCAAUCACAAGGGAUGAGCAGGAUAACUAUGCUAUCCAGAGCUUUGAGCGAGGUAUUGCUGCCCAAGAUGCCGGCGCUUUCUCAUGGGAGAUUGUGCCAGUUGAGGUCUCUGGAGGAAGGGGCAGACCAUCAACGAUUGUUGACAAGGAUGAGGGUCUUGGAAAGUUUGACCCUGCAAAGUUGAGGAAGCUACGUCCAAGUUUCAAGGAGAGUGGAGGCUCUGUAACAGCUGGCAAUGCCUCCAGUAUAAGUGAUGGUGCUGCUGCAUUGGUCUUGGUAAGUGGAGAGAAAGCACUUAAGCUUGGGCUCCAAGUUAUUGCUAAGAUCACAGGAUAUGCUGAUGCUGCUCAGGCACCAGAGCUGUUCACAACAGCACCAGCUCUUGCAAUUCCCAAGGCUAUAUCGAAUGCUGGGUUGGAGGCUUCACAGGUUGAUUUUUAUGAAAUUAACGAAGCCUUUGCAGUUGUGGCCCUUUCUAACCAGAAACUUCUUGGGAUCAACUCUGAAAAAGUUAAUGUGCAUGGCGGAGCUGUUUCUUUGGGUCAUCCUCUGGGCUGCAGUGGAGCACGUAUCCUGGUCACACUCUUGGGGGUGCUGAAGCAGAAAAAUGGGAAAUUCGGCGUCGGUGGUGUGUGCAAUGGGGGAGGUGGCGCUUCAGCCCUCGUUGUGGAGCUUCUGUAAGCAGUAUAUCUGCUUCUCAUGGUUAGGAAAAGAGCUUCACCGAAGGAAGAAUAUAUGCAGCCUCUACGCCUCUGGCCUCUCCUGAUCAUCUUUAUGAUUUUUCUUUAAAAUUUAUUCAUCCUUAAAUAAACUUUACUUAAAUGUAUGUAGCAUUCAGAUAGAAAAAGCAUUAUCUGAGAUUUCAAUCAAUCUAUUGUCAUAUUUUGACAGUGAGUGAGCUGUUUAUUUCGGACCAAUUCCCUUUCUUGUCUCGUCUUGUCGUUCUUUUCUUUUCAAAUAAGAUUGGCAGAUCUUUCUAA